UCGUCGUCGUCUUCAUCUUCGUGUGGUUUAGCCGCAUUUGUGGGCUCGGACUCAGUUUCAGUUUCAGUUUCAUUUAAACAUUCGUCUCAGCAGCAAAACUAUUCGUGAGCGACACUUUCGAGUCUGGGGCUUAUAAGUCUGGGCGGACAGUGAUUAGCAUUUAGUUGAACCGUGAUUGCCAAGCGUCCAGGUGGUAGAUACCUGAGCCGAGACAUCUCUUCAUCACGAGCGGAAAUGCGUGUCUUCAUUGUUUCGUGCCUUCUGGGCCUGGCGAUGGCCGUGCCCCAAGGAUACAACUACCAGGCGCAGCAGCAACCCCAACUGUCGCAGGCUGGUCUGCUGCAGUUGCCCGCCAUUCCCCAGUUUGCCACCAUCGCAGAGCAGAACCUCCUCCAGCAGGCGCUUCAGAGCCCCAGAGUGAGUCAGGCGUUGUCUGGAGGCUCCGGAAGCACCAUCAGCUACCCAUCGGCGCCACAGCAAAACCAGGCUCCGCUCUACCAGCAGCAGCAACAGUCGGUGCUGCCGCAACAAACGCAGCUGAAUGGAAACUUUGCGUACAACCAGCAGUCCCAUCAGCAUCAGUACCAGCAACCACAGCAGCAGCAGCAACAGCAUCUUGUCUCUAAAGAUAUUUAUGUUCAUGUGCCGCCCGCAGAGGACCCCGAAGAACACUAUCCCCAGCCUGCCCUGCCGAUUGCGCCACCACGCAAGCACUACCGCAUCGUUUUCAUCAAGGCGCCAACGCCGAGUGUCAGUAAAGCGGCAUUGCGUGUAAAGCAGGCGCCAGUGGAGGAGAAGACCAUCAUCUAUGUGCUGACCAAGAAGCCCGAUCCUCUGGACCUGCAGGCUGCCCUGGAGGAAGUCGCGCCCAAGCAGCCCAGCAAGCCAGAGGUCUUCUUCAUCAAGUACAAGACUCAGGAGGAAGCUGCGCAUGCGCAGCGCACCAUCCAAGCUCAAUACGACCAGCUAGGUGGAACUUCGCAGGUGUCAGACGAAGGAGUAGCGCCUGUCACAUCGGUGAUUGGAGUUCUGGACAGUCAGCGUACCAGUGGGGCCCCUGUCGGCGAGCUGACGGGCGUUGUGCCCACCAGAUACUUGCCUGCCCAUCUGCGUACAUAGGAAUACAAAACACGUAGUUUAAGAUGACUGUCAUACUUAUAAGUAUCCAAAUGUUGUACAUUUUAAGAUCAAUACACAUACAUACAUACAUA